AUGCAGUGUACACAAUAUAUUUUUGCAUCUUAUAGGCCUGUUAUUAUAGAACCCAAAUAUUUUUCGCUAUUAUUUAAAUUACUGCGUUAUCAUAAUUGGUUAAGCCUAGCCUUCUUAUAUUGUUCCUCCUCUCUCUUAUAGUACGACACUUAUAUUUUUAUGUUUAUUGAUAUUUACGACACGGAAGCAUUUUUCUUAUCAGUACAGUAUCCCUUUUCUCUGAAGGUUCUUUGUUUAUUGUUCCACUGUAUUUCACUAUGUAUCUCUCCCUCCCCCUCAGGUAUUAUGCGGCUGAAGGUGUGAGGCUCUACUCUCAGGAGACCUGGAGGGUGGUCACACAGACCAGGGGAGUGCAGCUGGUAGAGCAGCGCAUCCACAAAGUGGCACUGGGCUACUGGGGGAUCGCCAUUAUUGUAAUUUUUCUUGCCGGUUUAGCUUUCAUUAGUGUAAUUGCCCUAAUACUAAAAAAGAAAAAAGCAAAGGAAGCCUCACAGAAUAGAGUAAAGAACAUCGCAACUAUGCGACUAAGACUGGUGGCAGGAGAUGUCUCUUUGGAACUGUUGGAUUGUCACCGUGCCAAUGGAAAAGUUUCUCGUACCUAUGAUAUGAUAUGCUGCUAUUGAGCUGAGGGAGGUAGUGGACCAUCUCAGUAAGAUGGAGAAUAGCAACAGGCAAAGGAAGUCCUGAGGCUGGCCUCUUGUUACGUACAUUAUAUCAUUAUAAUGGAUGAAGAGCUUGUCCUCAUCAAAAUUCUGAGAAUCCAGGAUGGGAAAUUAAAUUCUAAGUUGGAGUCCUAAUGACUACGAGGGAGUUCCUGGUCCACCUCCCUCCAGAAGAGAGACAACCACACCUACCCACACUGCUAACCAGCCAUUUGAUUGAAGAUUUAUGUUGCAAUGAUAAUGCUAAUUGCUUGACUGAAGUGAUUGAUUAAUGGAUGAUGAAUAGUUGCUCUGGACAACCAACCUGGAGGGAGCUGGCUGAUCAUCUCAGUAUAAGAUCAGAGAAGAGCAACUGGCAAAGGAACUUAAGACCAGCUACGAGAUUGCAGGUGGACUUCUACAUCUCCCAGAGCCAGGCGGCCAACCAUGCAGUGAGAGAGGCAGCCUGCAUCUGUACUGCAGAGCUGGGCACUAAGGUGAGCAAGGAUUGUCUUAGACUGUAUGCAGGUGUACUGUUAGAGUGUACUGUUAGAGUGUACUGUUAGAGUGUUUCCAUGACGAUAACUGGCCAGCCCGUGAGAGAUGGUUAGUGUCAGUCAAGUAAAUCAUCUAUUCUUUAUUUUACUCACCCCUUUGCCGCCUGUCUGGCCUGUGGUAACUUCUUGGGAUGCUUCCUAGAUGAGUGCAGAUCGUAGCUGGAUAAACUGUUCCCACUGUUCCUUGCCAAUCUUGAAGACAGCAUACCCUCAGUUAUACAAGGGACAGCUGCUGCUCUCACCAGCGUCACCAAAGCCUAUGAUCAUCAAGUUGUGGGUGACCACUACAUUCCUUGUCUUAUCUCCAUCUUGUACUUCACUUGUACAGCACUCAAAGUUUCUCUAUCUCUUUCUCUAACCUUCUCCACUGGUAUUGAUCCUGGACCGGGUGUAUUUGAGGUGGUGCAUCGUCCAUGACAACCCAUACCAGUAGGUGUACUCGUGUGAUUCACUGGCCCCCAAAAUGAGGAGGGGAGGAUGUAUAGACUCACACUAUCACAAGCUGGGAGAGCUGUGGGAGAAGAGUGAAGGUUGCCAGUGUUUGACAAGUUACUGGGUGAGAGAGUGUUCAAGAGACACCUAGAGCUGUAUCUUCUAUGGACUGAGCAGUGACAAUGCCUGGUACAGUCUGCUGGAGUGGACUGUCUCACCUCACUCUGUCAGCUGCUGGGGAGAAUGAUCCUCAGAGGGAGAAUAGAACAACAUAAUCUAAUCUCCUCUGGUAUUGAUUCUGGACCUGUCAUCAACUGUGGUGCAUCUCAUAUCCAUGACGACCCGGCCCACACAGACCAGCAGAUGUAUACUGGUGUGGUUCGAUCACUGGCCCCCAACGGGAGGAUGUAUGGACUCACACUAUCAUAAGCCAGGAAAACCGUGGGAGAAGAGUGAAGGGUAAAGCUAGCUGCUGCUUGAUUGACUGAAGUGACUGUACAGUACAGUACUGUACUGACCAAUGGAAGACCAACCUGGGGCCGGAGGGAGCUGGCAACCAUCUCAGUAGGAUCCUGACUAUAUCUGUUGAGGCUGGUGAGUGUGCAGUACAUUAGAUUUGGCAUGUGGUAGAUCUAGUGGUAAUGAGUAUAAGUGGGACCACUGCAUGCAUGCAAGCCAUGCAUACAUACACAUGUACGUACAUCUACAUCUACGUAAGCACCACAGUAGAGUACAUGUCUAGUAAGAUUCACCUGCAUGCAUGAAUCAUCCUUUGUGUCUGUCAUUCCCUUUGGGCUCGGUGGUUUUUCCCACUGUUCUUUGCCAAUCUUGCAUGAGGACAGCAUACCCUCAGUUAGACAGUGAGACUAUAGACUGUGACUGAUAAUUAUUUUGAGGUGUACUGUCAAGAUUGUAAUUUUUUUGCUCGGCUCAAUACCGUACAGCGGGAAAUUUUCAUGAGGUGCAAAAUUUCAUUUUUUCGAGGGCAGACAAAAGACAUGAAAUUAUAAAACUGCUGCACCAUUGUAUAGUUUUUUGCACAUAGAUCAAAGGAAAAACUGCUAAUAAAUGCCAUAUAGACUAGGAUCUACACCACAGAUCGUGCUCUAUUAUUCUGUAGUUGGCUUUUUUGGUAGUUAGAGCACGGUUGGUGGUUAAUAAUUCAUUUAAGCCUUAAACUGUUGCAAUGCUCAUGCAAGUACAGCUAAGUGAUUCUAGCAAUGUUAUCUUGCAAACAAAGCCUUUAUUCUCGAGUAAAGGCUAGUUUUGCUUACCACCUAGUACAUUGAAGGCCAUUGCAGUCUCUCCAGAAUCAGGAAUAGCAAAAUACGUUCGUAGAAGGUUGCUAUUCUACUUAGUAGUUAGCUCUGUACUAAAGUGAUAGCUAUUGGUAGCUGCAAACUACAAAUCAGUUAAUGCACUGUUUUACACUCGUGCUCUAUGGACUCGAGAACUCAACGGCCUAUAGUUUGCUCAUUCAGCAAAGAAAAUUAGAAUGUGUAUGCGCAGUAGUCUACUGAUAUAUUCUACUGACAGGUCUUUUUCAGUUAACAUUUUUGUCCAGAUUUGCGAGGUUUCGGACUAAAGGGGUCCGGAUUAGCGAGGUUCUACUGUAUUGAGCAGUUUAUUUAUUUCUGAUUCAGCAAGAGUGCGCAUGCGCAGUAGUCUAUAUUCUACUGACAGCCCCUCCUAGUUUUCAGUUUACCAUUUGUCCUGAUUUGCGAGGUGGUUUCAGACUAACGGAUUAGCGAGGUUCAGGGUUUCAUCCGAAUUUUUAGCUGGGAGGGGGAAACGUUUAAUUGAGGGGGUCUGGGGGUCCUCCCCGGAACAUUUUUUUGAGGAAUGGUAUCUGAGAUGUAAUUUGAGUUUUUUGUGUGCUGCAAACCAUUCUAUUAAUGAGAUUGUAGACAUUUUUAAGGAGAAAAGUCAUACAUUUUUAUUUAUGACAUCAUUAAUUUUCGGGAGAGGGUUUGGCUGGGGGUGGGAAAUCCCAGGGCGCCCCCCCCCGGUCUUUGUAUGAAACGCUGAAAAUGACAAGGUACAUUGUAAUACUUACUGGCUAGAUAUAAUUAUUAUUUGAAGUGUUAGUAGCACAAAAUUCACAGUCCUAAUGGUCCAUACGCUUGGUUAGUGUGGAGUUCAAUCUCCUCUUUGGGUAACACCUCCUCAUAAACAGGUUCAACUGGUUUAGUGGGUUCUACAACAGAUAAUGCUGUUUUUCUUGUGUAGUACACUGCCUUCUUACGCGUGAACGAGUACAUCACUAGGAGUCCAGCGAGAAAUAGAGUAGACACAACGAAAGUAGUAGUAACACCGAUGGCAACAGUUAUACCAGUCGAUAGGGUGGUAGCAGUCAGAGCUGUGAAGGAUUGGCAAUAAUUAUUAUAGGACAACAAAUAGAGCAUAUACUAACUGCAUGAAGCCUGUAUUAUAGGCAAUUGUCACAAUCAGAGUACUGUGUUGUAUGAGGUAUACAAAUUAUGUCAAGUUUAAUCCUCGCUACUUCGAGAAACAUAAUGAUGCUAUACCCUUGCUAGCUACACGAACAAACAACAUAAAUUAUAAGCCAGAGACCAUGACUGAUGACUGUUAAUUAUAGAGUCAGGCAUCCCCUCUAAUUAAUUAGAGGAAUGCAACCCCGCUGGUUAAAUAAUAACUAUAUUUUUGUAUUAAUUUUAUUUUCGCCGAUUUUGCUCAGAAGUUAGUGUUUUUUUUGCAGUCUCGAUACCACGAAGCGGCUUCCAUCCCUACUCAAACUAUAUAACCUUCGAACAAAAGAUUAACCUCUCUAUCAUAUCAAUUUAUAAAUUAAGUGCCAUAAAUAUAAAAAAACGUAAAUUAGUACAGUAGACUCUCAUUAAUCCGGUCACCCUUGGGACACAGUGCAGCUUGGCCGGAAUAGCGAGGUGGCUGUAUUUCGGGAAAUACCUGCGGCUUAAAACGACCUUACCUCGAAUCUAUAAUGAUAAUUUUGCGGUUCUGUCUGAAAUCAUUCUGCAUGCUCUCUAUAUAAGUGUAAUCCAGCCAAACCACACCAUAUCCGGCCGUAGUAUAAACGUACAUUGAAAACCUAGUUUGGGGCAUACAUUAAAAACCUAGUUGGGAGUAUAUAUACGAAAUAUAGCGAGUGACCGCAUUUUAGGGUGAGUUUUGUGCAAUCCGUGCCAAACCAAAUGGCAGGGGUAUAUAUAUCGAGGUGGUCGUACUUCAGAGAGUCGGAAUAGCGAGAGUCUACAGUAUAUAUAAUUGGAACCUUGAGCUAUACAGUAUAGCCCCAAAUUUUCAAGGGGAUUCAUUUUCGCUAAAUUAUCUGCUAUAACAUACAAAGAUUGAAGGCGUGGCCUGGGAGUGUUUCCGGUAAGUGCAUGCUUCGAAAAUUUGGCGCAUUUACGAUAUAUAUAUAGUUGUACCAUAAUAUUAUUGCUAUACUCAUGUGUAUACGUACAACAUUCCAAUAGAGCCAGGUCAGGAUCCCAGAGACCAGAAUUGUUACAAGUGACAGUCACUGCACCCACCGGUGAAAACCCAGGAUCACAUUGGAAGGUAAUAACUGAACCCUCAGUUAAGUCAGUGUUCUGAGACGUGGUGUUGAGUAAUGCUCCAUUGAGUCGAGGGGCAGGCAGGACACACGAAACUAGAUGAGCUUCACUGGGUUUUUGUCCCACUCUCCUGUAGCUAGACAGGUGACAUUAAUCAUGCCCUCAGGGAACAGUCCGUCGUCACACCGAAAGGUCACUUGUGUACCGGGAAUAGCUGGUACUGAAUGAUUACUGAUGGUGCCAUUCUGUGGUGAGGAUAGUGGAACUGUGCAGUUCAUUGGAGCUAUGAGGUGAAAACAUAAUAAGUUUUGUAAAAACCAAGAACUUAACUCACGAGUUGUGGGAGGGAGUGUGGGUAGUGAUGUACACUCAAUAGCCUCGGGGUCUGGACUCCACAUCAGUGCAUCAUCACAUGUCACCAUAGCAAUAGCAGAUAUAUAUCCAGCGUCACACUGGAUGGUUACUGUGGAUCCUAAUAAUCUGCUGAAGACUUGUCCAAAGGCUCCAUUCAUGAGGUUGGUCAAUACAGGACAGCCACCUGCAUGAGAGGGAAGUUGUGCACAGCAUAAUUACAAGCGAUUACGUACUCACCGAUCCUAAAGCUGUACUCAGCAGUUGUACUGUUCCCAGCACAGUUGGUAGCCACAACACUGACAGUGUAGUCCACAUUGUAUUGAGCAGUCACAGUGACAGAGGUGGAUGUGAGGACAGUAGCAGAGAGCUGGGCCGGAGGUGAGAUGGUCACGGUGUAGGUGAGGUCAUCUCUACCACCAGUCUCAGUAGGAGGGUCCCACUGUACAGGUACACUGACUUCAUUGGCUGAGCUGCUCAGAGUGGAGUGUCUGAUGGUGGAAGGUGGUCCUGGUGAAUCUAUGUAACUUAGUGUAUACAGACAAUAGACGAAACACUAACUGCAACUCACCAACCAAUCGGAUUGUUGAAGAUCCUAUAGUGGUUAGGGUAGACACAGUACUCAAACAGGACACAGUGACCCCAUUUUCCGCUGUUCUUGACAGAGUAGAUGUUAAUGUAUCGUUAUCAAAUGCAAUCAGUGUCACAGUGUAACCUGACACAACACGGGGUACAUUGAGACCAGAGGGAGAAGAGAGGAUAGUGAUGGGAGUUGCAUCUGAUGGUGACCAUCUCAAGGAAUCUCCAGGAGCAGUGCAGGUGAAAGUGACUGUAUCCAUUGGACAUGGUCUCUCCACACUCACUGAAUAUUGUGCUUUACGAAACAUGCAAUGUAAGGUAAUCUAUAAUCGAAUAGUUAGUCUUACCAGUGCUGAAGCCAGCCAGAAAGCAAAUCAGAAAAACUCCAAUGAGCUUUAAUUUCUCUAAUGUCAUCUCGAAUUAUGUGUUACCAGUUAUAAUAAUUAGUAGACUAGAAUUAAACCAACCUCUGCCUACUAUAGAAUAAUAGUAUAUAAAAGGAAAGGGAUUGCAUGGAAACGGUCAGUGUAUCACAUGCACCAAUGUUAACAAUGCAGUAUAGCAAAUGACCUCUUAACUAAACAAUGAAUAAUAAUUAUCCGAAUUUUAACGUUAUUCAUUGUUUAGUUAUUAAGAGGUCAUUUGCUGUUCCUGCUUUGUUACAAGCAUCGAUGUUAUGCACCUAUCAAUGUCAAGCCCCACCCCUGGCCUACGGGCAGUAUAUAGGGGCACUAGUAAGGGGCUAUACCGCUUUUAGAACCCAAUACAGGGGCUUUUGCAUCAAUGUUUUGUCCACCAUAAUUAUAUACAAGGGAUUGAUACGUGAUUACGCACAUAAGGUUAAAAUUACAAUCGCCAAUUUUGCUCAGAGAUACAAGUACAAGUCAGUGCUCUUGUGUUAGCCUCGAUACCAUGAGCGGCUUUUUAUCGAGGUCAACGCACAGCUGGCCUCAUAUCUCUGCUUCUGACCAUGUGAAAACAACACUACAAUUCCUCUGGUAUUGAUCUUGGACUGGCUGUAUUGGGGUGGUGCCUCGUAUCUAUGACGACAUGGCCCGCACAGAUCAGCAGAUGUACUCGUGUGGUUUACUGGCCCCCAAAAUGAGGAGGGGAGGAUAUAUGGACUCACACUAUCACAAGCCGGGAGAGCUGUGGGAGAAGAAUUAGCAGUGAUAAUGCCCUGGUGUAGUCUGCUGGAGUGGUCUGUCUCACUUCACUCUGAGCUGCUAGGGAGAAUAGAACAACAUAAUCCAACGUAUCUGAACAGGUUUGACAGAACAGUAACUGUAGCUUCUCUCAAUGUUGUGCAUGCAUGCAUGUAUACAUUUUUUUAUUAACAAAGAUAAUUAAUAAUG